GCUCCUCACACACCUGCACGCGUUUAGAGUACUUCCGUAUUAUUUUUGCUUUGCGGCUCUGGUUUGACACGAUUUACACAUAGAGACUGCGUGUUAAAAUUCCAAAUUGGUGCAAAGUGAGUAGGAGGAGUGAGAUCUAAGUCGUGGGCUUUUGUCACCCACUCCUGUGUCGCACUCCGGGGCGGGUCAGCCCACCAACAUCCGGCCUCGUCCUGCAAUGGACGGAGAAACGUCGUCUCGGGUCCGGAGUCAUUUCGCGGCCCUCCUGUGUAAUAUCAUUUAGCGCGUGUCGGCCCGUCGACGUGGACGCAGUGCGCCAAUGCGGCCAGAGAAGCUCCAGCAGGCCUCGGCGGUGGUGCGUUCAAAGUUCCGUCAGCGCGUCGUACAUCCGUGCAUGGAGUGAACCGUGCGAGGAGCGCAACUUGGCGGCGUGUGAUGAUAGGAGACACGAUGACUCUCUUGUCUCUUCUGGGUCGGAUCAUGCGUUAUUUUCUCCUCAGGCCGGAGACCUUGUUCCUGCUGUGCAUCAGCCUGGCCCUGUGGAGUUACUUCUUCCACACGGACGAAGUGAAGACCAUCGUCAAGUCGAGCCGGGAUGCGGUGAAGAUGGUGAAGGGCAAAGUGGCGGAGAUGAUGCAGAACGAGCGCCUGGGAGGCCUCAGCGUGCUGGACGCCGAGUUCUCCAAGACGUGGGAGUUCAAGAACGACAACGUGGCCGUGUACUCCAUCCAAGGGAGGCGAGACCACAUGGAGGACCGCUACCAGGUGCUCACCGACAUCACCAACAAGAGCCACCCCUCCAUAUUCGCCAUAUUCGACGGUCACGGCGGAGAGGCUGCAGCAGACUACGUGAAGGCCCACCUCCCCGAGGCCCUAAGGCAGCACCUGCAGUCGUUUGAGCGAGAGAAGAAGGAGAACGCGCUCUCCUACGCCAGCAUCUUAGAGCAGCAGAUCCUCAACGUGGACCGAGAGAUGCUGGACAAGCUGUCAGCCAAUCAUGACGAAGCAGGCACCACAUGUCUGGUGGCCCUGCUGUCCGACAGAGAGCUGACAGUGGCCAACGUUGGCGACUCACGCGGCGUGCUGUGCGACAAAGACGGAAACGCCAUUGCGCUAUCGCACGACCACAAACCAUACCAGCUCAAAGAGCGCAAGAGGAUCAAGAGAGCAGGAGGCUUCAUCAGUUUUAACGGAUCCUGGAGAGUGCAGGGAAUCCUGGCAAUGUCCCGCUCUCUAGGGGACUAUCCCCUUAAGCACCUCAACGUGGUCAUCCCCGAUCCAGACAUGAUGACCUUCGACCUGGACAAACUUCAGCCGGAGUUUAUGAUCUUGGCGUCGGACGGCCUGUGGGACGCCUUCAGUAACGAAGAGGCGGUGCGGUUUGUCCGCGAGCGCCUGGACGAGCCUCAUUUCGGUGCCAAGAGCAUCGUCCUGCAGUCCUUCUACCGCGGUUGCCCCGACAACAUCACGGUCAUGGUAGUCAAGUUCAAAAGCGGGGCGGGAGGGAGUAGCAAGGCCGGGGACUAGGGUCAAGUCCACUGGGACAGGAUAAAACUAACAGUAAAACUUGACAAACAAACCUAAUUACGUUUGUCUCUUAUAUUCAAGACAUCGCCUAAAACAAAGUACCCAACCAGUGGGGACGGCGUGGCGCGGUUGGCAGAGUGGCUGUGCCAGCAACCUGAGGGUUCCUGGUUUGCUCCCCACCUAACAACUUCAUCAUGUUUGUUGUGUCCUUAAGCAAAACACAUCACCCUAGCUCCUGAUGGGUUUGCAGUUAGGGCCUUGCAUGGCAGCUCCCUCCAUCAGUGUGUGAAUGAAUGUGGAAAUAGUGUCAAAGCGCUUUGAGUACCUUGAAGGUAGAAAAGCGCUAUACUAGUAUAACUCAUUAUGUUAGACGGUCAUUUAUGAACGUUGCAGCUACAAUUGUCACAUUUUCUUUUUGCUGUUAUGCAGGAAGCAAAAGGAAACGUCUUAAAAAAAACAACAACUGCUGGCUGCGUUUAAACGUUCCAAUUCCCCAAAUUUGCUCAAAUGGUGACCUUCCCUCUAGUUGGUCAAGUGCCACGGCACAAUCUUACCAUAAUGAACAAGAAUGCGCCACACCUCAAAAAAAUUCCUCCUUCUUUUCCCUAUUAGGAUAGGAUCGCUGUAGACAACUUUGACAGAAGCUAACACCACCUGUAGAGAGGACAUGGUCUCUGUAAAGCUAAAGUUACAUGGGCGAUUAAAGACAAAGUGCUGAUGUAUGCAUUUUGUGACAGAAAUUACAUUAAAAAAAGCGUCUCCAGUGAAUGACAAUAAAAUGUUUUGUAAUACACCACAUAAGGUUCAUAAUCUACCUGUAAGUCAGCCAUUUGUGCUAUUGCUGUCAUGCAUGUGCCCUGCAGAGGAAGCUGGCUCUCAGGAUAUUUCCCAUUAAAAAAGACAGCAGUUCAAAUAAACCCUGUCUCCUGAUAGAUGUUUCAUAUUCCAAUAAACGCCCCUUUGGCCACUACAUGAGAAAUAUGAUAGGAUGAUCAGGACCUUAUACAACAAUUAUACAAAUGCAUAGUUCAGGGGUGUAUUACAUACAUGUACAUAUACAUGUGUAAUAUAUAUAUAUAUAUAUAUAUAUAUAUAUAUAUAUAUAUAUAUACAUACACACACACAGAUUUAAACACAAUUUUGAUAAUUGUUUUGUGCACACCUUUCUUUGCGUUUGGCUUGAGAGCAGCAGUUUCUUUAGCAAAAGGCAUCUUUGAAGACUUUCUACAGACAGUCGUGGCGAUGCUGGAGUUUCAGGUAGCUGCUAAAGUUUGAAGUUUUGACGUGUGAUGUUUCUUCCCUUCCUCGUGGAAUGGUGUGAAUAGGAAAAAUGACUUCCUCUGAAACACUAUCAAGGCCAUGUUUGUUUACAGUGACCUCGGUGAAAGUGUACAACAUCAGAAAAUGAAAACACACUGACAUUACAGUAAGGCUAAUGCGUCAUUGGAGCAUUUUCACCCCUAAAUCAGUUAUUGGAGCUUAUUUUUUUUAUGUUUUCACAUUAAUCAGUAUGGUGUCAAAAUUCUCUUUACAGCUCAAUCAUUAGCCGUCUGAUAUUCAUCAUGCAUCCUUAAUAACACAAAGCUAGCAUGCAGGUAAUUGUUAUUCUCUCUCUCUCUCUCUCUCUCUCUCUCUCUCUCUCUCUCUCUCUCUCUCUCUCUCUCUCUCUCUCUCUCUCUCUCUCUCUCUCUCUCUCUCUCUCUCUCUCUCUCUCUCCUCUCUCUCUCUCUCUCUCUCUCUCUCUCUCUCUCUCUCUCUCUCUCUCUCUCUCUCUCUAUAUAUAUAUAUAUAUAUAUAUAUAUAUAUAUAUAUAUAUAUAUAUAUAUAUAUAUAUACAUAUAUACAGGCUCUGAAAAUGAAAUAUGGCAGUGUCCCCAACAUUCUUUUAUUGUCCACUGUGGGAAAGGUUUAGACACCCCUGACAUAGUUUAUAUACCAACAUUACAACCCGUGACUUCUCAGUGAAACAAGACCUUAAUAUUUCACAUUUAUGCCCUGAAGUACAUUGUGUGGCUGCCAUGAUGACAGACCCCAGUGGGAGAGUACACAAGUAACAUGAGACGCUCCUGAAGUUAAUAAAAGACUGUGACUAUGCUGAAAGUAAACCAUGACUCAUUACUGUUUGAAUUGAAGUGUUCUCACUGGGAUUUAGUAGGACAUAGUUUGAAAACUUAAGGCCAUACAAUAACUUUAUUUUUCAUUCAUAUCCUACUAACUUCCAUUGAAACUGGCUCUUUUGUGAAAGAAGCCAAAGCAUUGUUUGUUUUUGUUCCAAACUUUACCUUAUAUGCCUUAUUUAUUACAUUGUUUUUAUUUGGUGGUCGAGCAGAUUGCCAAGUCUGUGUACUGUACAGUCAUAUUUCUUGUUCUUUUGUUUUUACAAUAAAAUACAUACUUAUCACUUCA